UUUCACAAGUCAUACGCCAGAUAUUGUUUGUGUUAGUUACAAAAAGAGUUUUGAUUUCAUUUUCGAAUAUCUUAUCAUCUGUCGCAGUCGUAUUUUAUGAUCAAGUAUGUGCUAAUUAAAGGUUUUUUGAAAUGAUUUCUUUUUAGUUUUUGGUUAAUUUUUUUCAAAAUAUACAUUUGAUUUGUAUCUGAUAUGAUCCAAUGGUUCGGAUUCGAGAAUUUUUUUUAUACGAGCAAUCUUCUCUUAUAUUUUUAUAUAAGCGAAGAAAUAAUUUUAGUCAAGUGGUUAAAAAAUUAUCUUUGCGGUCUCCAUUAAGUCGUGUUCAUGUAUACAUGGGUUUCUUCACAUUUAUUUUAGACAAUGAAAGAUAACUUUAUUAUACUAUUUUAGCAACUUAAUUUCCAAACUUAUAUUAGUAGGCCUAUUAUAUAAUAUAUUAAUAGAUUAGAUAUGGAUUCGUUUAUCAAAUUAUAAAUUCUCUAACUAAUAUUAUCUAUUAAUAUAUUAGAUGUAGCUUCAGUGCAUUACACAUUGAUAUAUAUAUAUAUACAUAUAUACCAAAAUGGAUUUAUAUUAGUUAAACUGUAUGAAACAUAAAAUUAGAGUUUCACCAUUAUAACAAUCUAUCGUAUACUAAAAGGGAUAUAUGAGGAGUAGGGAGACUGUCCACGUCCUCAAUUAAAAUCAGCCAAUAGGGUGAGUUUAUUUGUCCACGUCACACUCCGUUUGGGCUUUGGUUUUUUUUUUAUCCGUAAUGUGAGGUAUUUGCCCACAAGCCUGAUCCAAUAGAAGCCCUAAAAUAUGUGGGCUCCACGUUCUGUCCAGUUUAUUUUGGUCGUAAAGGUUUUGUGUUUGAUCUGAUUUGGGUUUUCCACAUUUGGUUCCAUAAUUAAGUCAAAAUCUGCGUUUUAUGCUUGAAUGAAUUAGGGCUUCAUCAUUAUCUUUCUUCUUCCUCAUUCAACCUCGCCGUCUACACUUAUCUUAAUCUGCAAACCUAAUGAUUGCAAACGUAAAGGUUGACAUCACUGUCUCCGUACCCAACAUCCAUUCCUCUCUUUACCACCUCUUCCGGUUCCCGAUGUCGUCCCUGAAUCCACCGCUCUGUUUCGGCCGGCGAGACCACAAAACGAUCCAUGGAGGAUGCCCCUGACAUAUCAUGGGGCUGCAAUAUAGAUUCAGUCGAAAACGCCACUUCUCUUCAGAGAUGGCUAACCAAUUCAGGCUUCCCGCCGAAGAAAAUGGCUGUCGACAGAGUCGACAUCAGAGAGAGGGAGGUGGGAGUCUCGGAAUGAAAUAUCAACGAACAAACACUUGCUUAAGUUAAAUUCAAAGGAAUGUGCUCAACUUAACUUCUCAGUGCGCUCAUCUACAAGACCGAACUAUGGCUCUUGCCAAGGAGCUGGCAUCGCUUAAAUUGGUUUCCGACAUAAGCUUGGAGGAAGUUGAUGUGCUGAAAAAAAAAAAAAGUUGAUGUACUGAAGCUUGCCUUUUUUGAGAAUAACGCAAAAGACAAAAGAUACAAUAGACACACCGGGUUUGUUUCCUGUGAUAUUGUGGUUUCGGCCUAUAUUGGUUUGUGGUUUCGGCCUAUAUUGGUUUGUGGUUUCCUCAAGUCUCUGUUCUGUUCGUAUGGUCUCAGCCCGUGCUUAUUCAGGUUCUUUGGGAACUUGCGUUCGAUUGUCGUCUGUGUGGAGCUGGUUUUUUGGUUCUGAUAAGAAACACUUUCCCUCUUUUUAAUUAUUGUGCCUCAGUGUUGAUUUCUUUCUUUUGGUGAUUCAAAAGGUUGUCCAGUAGUGUGGAAAGGUUGUUUGUGUUUUUAUGGUCUGUAAUAAUCGUACUUCAAAUUACGUUAAUGCAAUUCAAAGAUGAACAAAAAAAACAAAAUAGACACACCUGUCAAGUCCUUGGUUACUCGAAACAGGUAGGCACAUAGCUUAUGUUUUGUUACAGCUUCCCUUCUCUCAUUUUAUCAUGUAGGUACUAUUGAUGAGGUCCCCACGACUAUUACUGUGACCAACCUCCAGAAAUUCAUGCUUCUGAAGUUCAACCAUCUUCAAGCUCUUGCAAACUUUCUUUGAACUCCCCGAUAUAGUUGGCCAAAUCCGUUCAAGACUCUUAACAUAAACAACUCUGUUCAAGGCUCUGACAUAAACAACUCUGCUGCAACAACCCGAUUAUGCAUGAAAGUUGGUGUCUCAAUCAUGCUGCCGCGCAACCUAAACCAAGAAGAAGGCUUGAGAAAGAGUUAUCGAAGCAGAAGUGUGUGUGCUGAUACCAAGAAACAAACUAUCACCGACCUAAACCAAACAUCUAUUCAUUCUAAGAAGCCGCCAGUUUCCAGUACAUAUAUCCUGGGGAUUUUAACAUUACCAGGGUCACGUGACUAACGACAUUGCCAACAUCGUUUACAGAAAAGCCUUCAAUGGCCUCCCACAAUCACUGGUUUAGAAGAAGUAGUUCCAUUUGUAGGGAACAAACAUAAACAACUACAUCAGUGAACUACUUUCAGUUUAAGUCUCGCCAACAUGCUUUCCUCUGUUUCUUUCUCUGUUCUGUCUGUAUCUGUCCAAAGAAUCAUCAAAUGGGAUCCACUGAACUACAAGACACAGAUUUGUUUAGCUCUUUUUCUGAGAACUUACACUCAACGUUCUUCACUCCAACCACAAGCUCACUCUUCUUGUGGUGGAGACAACCUAUUAUGAUUCCUUUUCAAUCAAAAGAAGCUUUAAUCGAUGAGCAGAUCCGAUAUGUUCAGGCAAACUUCCAAAACUAG